AUGGCACAACCGAAGUCCUUGAGCACCAUCCUGCGACACCCGCUCGCUUCGAAGCGGUGCAUGAUGGUGUUCAAUCAGAACGGUGAAGAGACGAUGGAGCUGUUCGAGCUGCUCUCCCGCUACGAGGCUGUCGCCCCAAUCGGCCAGGGCAGCUACGGCUAUGUCUGCUCCGCGCGUGACAACGACCUUGUAGAGAGGUUCCAGGUAAAGCCACCGGAGGAGUACGAGGACGACUCGCUCACGCCGGAGGAGCGAGAUGAGAUUUACGAUGCCAACACCCUCGUCGCCGUCAAGAAGCUGCACCAGCUCUUCGAAAGCAAUCAGUCGCGCAUGUGGUUGUGCGCCACUCGGGAAAUUCAGCUAAUGAUGUCGUUUCAGCACGACAACGUCAUGUCGGCAACCGAUUUCUUCAUUCCUCUCGGCGAGGUGGAUAUGAUGACCUAUCAUUCGAUCCUGCAGCUGCAGCUCACCUUCGAUAGCGUCUACGUUGUUAUGAAAAAAAUGGACUACACACUACGCGAGGUACUCGACUCCACCACAGUGACGGCGGCGGAGUUGUCGCCGGCGUACGAGACGUGGAUGCGACGUGUGAAAAUGCUGAUCGCUAAGUGCAACGAGGAGAAGGCAGAGGCCGCUCACGCCCAGUCCUCUGGGCAGGCGCCACACCUGAAGGCAAACCCCGGAGCACAAGAGGAGGACCAGGCAGUGGCCAAGCCGCACAAGGGCACUGGGCAAAGCAGUAGACAAGGCACAGAGGAUGGUGGGGACGAGACCGGCGCUGCUGCCCCGACGUCGUUAGACCACCCAGGCGCAGCUACCUCCGCCGCGCCAACGGGCGAUCAUGACGCCUCUCUCGUCAAGACCGCAGCUGAGGACGGUAUAGAGGAGAAGAAGGGUGGCAGCGACAACGCAGAAGGCGUUCCUGUCUGUUGCCCGCUGACGACGGUCGCGCUCCACUCCCUUACCCGCGAUUACAGAAAGUUUAUCCUGUAUCAGAUCUUCCGCGGCGUCGGCUACCUUCAUCUGUGCCCGGUAAUUCACCGAGACUUAAAACCAGAGAACAUCAUGCUCGACCGCAGCUACGGCACCCGUAUCACCGACUUCGGCCAGGGCCGCGAUGUCGGGCUCAACGCGACUGCCGACUACGUGCAGACAGUGCUGGACAACUGUACUCAAUGGUACGCGGCGCCAGAGACGCUUACGGUCGCCAUCAACAGCACAAUGGGCUUCAUGGACCACGAUAGCUUCCACGGCGUCGAUGUGUGGUCCAUCGGAUGCAUUGCGGCUGAAAUGUUGAUUGGCCGCCCCCUCUUUUACACCACCUCUAUGGGCGGCAAGUACCAGCUGCUGAGCAUUUUCCGUGUGCUGGGUCAGCCAUCUGCGAGCGCCAUCGAGUCUAUCGCCGAGUAUCGAGACAAGGAGACGAGGGAGCUCUUCAUUAAUUCCAUCAAAAAAUUAGUGAAGACAGCGCCGCCGCCAUGCACCAUCACGCCAACGCUAGCGGAGCUCCUGCGGAGCCCUUACGGCGACGAGGACGAGGAUGAGGUGGGUCUCAUCAUCGACUGUCUGCGCUGGGACCCGCGGGAGCGCAUCACAAUCCAGGCGGCGCUGCAUAACGCGUUCUUCACUAAAGACGGGUACGACCCGGUGAUUGACCCGGACGACACUGUGAAGCGCGCGCCUUCGGUGCGACCCGAGGACAUAUCGGAGCCGGUGAGCGGGCGAGCGUUCCUGUGGAACCUCUUUCUCCAGCGUCAUCCAGAGGUGAAGGAGCUGUGGAAAUCCCUUGUGGCAAAGCACGAGGAGGAGCUGGAGGAGUCGAAGGCAGAAGAUCCCUAG